AUGAAAGAGAUAACAGUCAAAGCCAACGAAGUUGAAACCAAUCUCCUCUCGAUCAUGAGUGCUGAUCAUCAUCAUCAUCCGUUGCUGCGAAGGGCAGUGUCCGACGUAACACACGAAAUAAGCAGACUGGGGAAAGAUUUGGAGAGCAUUAUUGAAUUGGAUGAGACAAUAUUGGAAGCAGAAUGCGAGUGCUGUGGGCUGAAGGAAGAGUGCACGAAUGAGUACAUUUCCAGAAUCCGAAAUUCAUAUUCGGGUAAAUGGGUUUGUGGGCUGUGCUCGGAAGCAGUGAAAGAAAGGUUAAGGCAGGUAGUGGGCAUUGAGGAAGCCAUGAUCACUCACACAAAUUUUGUCCAAGACUUCAAUAACACCACUAGGCUUAAUCCCAAGCUAUCAUUCACAUUUGCAAUGAGGGAUAUUGCCAAGAGGAGUGGGCAGAAAAGGAAGAUUUUAUCCGGCGGGAUGCAGAACAUAAUCGCCAGGAGUUCUAGCUGUGUUCCAAGGAUUACUACUACUGCAACAUAA